AUAAUAAAUAUAACAGUGGAGAGUUCUUGGGAAUUUAGAAACGAACACGUUGAAUUCGAUUCUGUAAAUUUUUGCCAAAAUUGAAAGUUUCUCUAUUUCUCUCUCUGUGCAUCAUCAUCAAUUCAACACUGUUCACUGAAGAACUUAGUGCCGCCAAUCCCACAGCGCCACACACAUGGCUCUCUGCUCAGAUCUCAGCCGCUCGAUCGAAUGAUUCCCAAUUUCGACUCAUCAGCCGCACGAUCUUGUCAAUCGGUCGAUCAUCAUCGCUGAUCGAAGGCGGACCUUCUAUGGCGAAUCGGCUCGGACCCAGAUGGGUCUGAGGGGAGGAUGAUCUCGGCUUCGUUGAAUUCUGAGGACUCGGGAGCAGUUUUCUGACGCAGGUGUUCGGUUUUUUUUCUUCUUCUUUUUCUUCUGCAUCAACGUGAGAAUUUCGUUGUUCGGCUGCUGGACACGAUAAAACCUAGUUUUCCUUGCGAGCCUAGACUUGGGGAAUUUUUUAAUUCAUCAUUUCUGUCGAUUGAUGAAGUGGGAUUAACGGGCUUAAAACUAAGCUCGGCGUAUUUCGUGAUUUGUAACGAAAUUGAUAUAGGGUUUAUUGUUGUAAGUAUUGUGUUUCGACUGGGUUAGUUUGGAUUUGGGAGAAUUGGGGUUUUGUGUAUGAAUUCGUCGGUGCUUUCAAAUUUGAGGAUGUGUUUAGGGUGGAUUGACCUUUCUGGUGUUGUUUGUCUGGGACAGAGUUGAUCUAGUGUUUGGAGAUAAUUUGAAUUUUAUGGUGCCAUUGUGGUUUGCUCUUCUAACCCGAGGCCAGUAAGUUUCGGGUUAAAUUGGGGAUUAUUUUCUGAUCGAUUUCUAAUGGAUGAAAGCGCUGAAGCAAUGAAUCUUGACUUGAAUCUGGGUCCUAUUCCAGAGCCACUUUCAAACUCGAUUCCGAAUGAAGAGGAAAAUUUAGCUUAUUUGACUGAAGACCCUGUUCGUAGAUUUGGGGAAGCUAUCAGGUUUAGGACGAGACAGCGGUGGAGGAGGCGUCAAGUCCAAAUUCCUCCUGAGACUCAGAACAUUUCUAUGCAAUUGAGUGAAAUUAUGGUCAAUUCAGGCAAUGGGAAUUCAUUACAGCCGUUACAGGCUGGUGAGGGUAGUACUACUGCUGAGGAAAGGAAAAAUGAGGCAGGGAAAACAUGUGAAAUCAACAAUGAAGCUUUGGAAGAUGAAAAGGCAGAGAAUAAGAGUGAUGUUGAGAAGAGCAGUGAUUCUGAUGGGAGCUUUUUUGAUUGCAAUAUAUGUCUGGACUUGGCUAGGGACCCUGUUGUAACUUGUUGUGGUCAUCUAUACUGCUGGCCGUGUCUUUAUCGAUGGUUACAUCUACAUUCAGAGGCCAAGGAAUGUCCUGUAUGUAAAGGUGAGGUUACUACGAAGAACGUGACUCCAAUUUAUGGGCGUGGGAGCAAUACCCCUGUGACAGAGGAGGAUGCUACACUUAAGAUUCCUCUAAGGCCUCAUGCCCGGAAGGUCGAAAGUUUGAGGCAAACCAUCCAGAGGACUGCAUUUUCUUUCCCAGUGGAGGAGAUGAUCCGCCGUUUGGGGAACAGAUUUGAUUUCAAUCGUGACUUAGACCAACCACCAGAGCCAGAUAGUUCACACGAAACAUUUGGUAGAUCUCCAACCUUGUUGAAUAGGAUUUUGACAUCCAGGGGAAUGCGUAGAGAACAAAUUUCAUUGCCGCCCCAUGAUGAUGUGGGAGAUCUAGCACACGCUGAUGUGUCUGGCAUUGAGGCAGGGGAAACCCGUCUUCAGUCACUCCCAGUACUUCGAUCCUUACUACACCGGACAAGAGUUUCUUCUCUUACUUCUGCAUUUAAUUCUGCUGAUAGGCUUCCAGAUGGUUUUAUAUAUACCGAUCCACUCGUUCCUAGAAAUCAAGAGCAGCCUCCACCAGUCGAGGACAGAGAUUCUUUCUCUAGCAUUGCUGCUGUUAUAAAUUCAGAGAGUCAAAUGGACACUGCUGUAGAAAUUGAUUCCAUGGUCUCCCUUUCAACAUCAUCAUCCAGAAGGAGAAAUGAUGCUCUACAGGUUUCUGAUGUAGACAGUGGAAACUCUCGGGCACCCAGACGGAGAAGAUUGGCUUGAGAACACCUCUAUCUUGGGUCCUAAGGUUGAGAAAUGAAUCGAGACUAUAAUAUUUCAACACCUAUGUAAGUGCAUUUAUUUACUUUUUCACUCAGCAAAAAUACUGACUCUUGCUUCGACAAUGGACUAUCACAUGGUCGAUAUUCAACUUUCUUCAUUUUACUGCUUAUCGUACUCGAAUUGAAAUGUAGGCACACUUUUUUAGCAUAUUUAGAUGCAAAUAACUAGUAAAUUAAGUAGAGUACUGUCCUCCUUUAUCUUUUCCAUAUGUAACCUUUCACGUAUCAAAACCCAAGCUCAACUCUUUUACUAAUCCAGAGUUGUCAUCUGAUGCAUUAAAA